AUGGCAGGUCAGCACAUACUAGUGCAUGCCAUGGAACCUGGUAUUUCUGCCGAGGAAUUUCAGCGUUAUCAGUUGCAACUGCUGGAUUUGCGUGAGGCUCAACUUGAAGCCAGGGAAUAUCGACUUCGGACGGAGUUACGUAUCAAACAUUUGGAGGAGGAAUUGCUCGCUGCACGUAGACAGACCGAGUCCUUCCAGUCCGGUGCCAGUCGACUGGAGGAGGUGCAAAAAGAGAACAACGGGUUGCGGGAAAAAUUGCGUAACACCGAGUCUUCUUUUCAGCUGCAAUCGUCCACUCUGCGCGCCGAGUGUCAUCGCUUGUCUGCGGAAUUAAAUCGGUUGCACUUACUGUUGAACAAGCCAAGUUGUUGCCAGAGCUGUCAAACGGUGCCUUGCCCAACAAUCGAAUCCCCCGUGCAAACCGAUGAGCCACUUGAUGCAGUGCAGCUGGAACCGACUAGUUCAGAGGAAGUGGCUGAACUGCGAGUUGCCUUGGAUACUGCCCGUGUAACCCAGUCAUUCUCGGAUGUUGCCAUUUCCACACUGGAAACCAGAUUAACUGCACUGGAGAAAAUGGUGUAUUCUGAGUUGAUUAAGCUGCAGGAACGGAUUUCACAAUUGGCCCACGAGCGUGAUGCAUUGAGCUUGCGCACAAAGCAUUAUGAACAGUCCUUGCGCUCCGCACGAGAGACCGAGUCUGAUUUGCGCGGCCAAUUGGAGGUGGUGAAACAUCGUAGCGAUAAGCUAAAUCAGGAAUUGCGGCGGCAUUUAUCACGUCUAAUUCGAACACAGCCGAACGACACAGAACAACUCUCUCUGUGCAAAUCUUCCACUUACUCUUCAUCAUCCUCUCUAUCGAGCAAUCUCGUAGCUGGACUAAAUGCUACUGCAGUUAACGGUGAAGUCUCUUCCGUGUCCGCAUCUUCUCUACCGGGUCCUACUGUGGAUCGAAAGAUAGGUGAUAUCCCGUCUGGAUAUUUUCCUAUGGCAGAUUUUAAAGCUGUUGUCGAUAGAAUGUCCGAGGUGCAGGACGAAAACUGCAUGCUUCGCCUCAAAGUUGAUCGUCUCCAGGUUGAAUUAACCAGCAAAAGUAAAGCGUUAUACACGGAGUUGGAGAGGCGUCUGCAUGAUCCUGCGCCUCCGAAUCAUGUAUCCGAAUUAGCUCAGGCCUCACCCUACUCCACAUCCCUAUCCUCCAACACAUCCGCAAGGUCCUCGCUCAGUUCCCAAACCAACGCUGGGCAGUCCACUUUUUCUUGGUUCUCUCUUCUCAAACCGACCAGCGCCGCCUUAUCUUCUGUGAAUGUAAACACGGUUAAUCGGUUGAAACAAAUGUGUAGUGAUUUACUCACUCAAAACAUUCGGCUAUCUGAAGAACUGGAAUCUCUUCGUUGUCAAAGAUGAUCCGAUCUCGUCCAUGCUUGAUCUUCUAACAUUCCCUGUAAGGAUAAGCCCCAAGAUCUCAUACUGGCUCCUCUCUUCAACGGUUGUGUUUAUUAUGUGGUUGUUCGGUUUUGAUCGUCUUGUCCGUGUCAUAUAUUUUCUAGAUUCUCCUACACCACAUUUACGCUUCCGUCUGACUCCGAUUCACUCACUGGUCUUUCGAAACUAAAUCCGUGGUAAAUUAUUGUUGCGACUGCAUCACAGAAAGAGCAGCAUAUCAAUUACUUCUUACGUUAGCGCUGUGUUCGCUCUCAUUUGGCUGUUUGUUAGCUCACUUUAAUCAUUUUUUGCUCAUCUUAUUUUUAUGUUUGAAUGGCCCGGUUUUAACGGACUUUUUCGUCUUAUUUGAAUGCAAUGAUAACAGACACCCAUUUUUAUCUCUCGCUUUUACUGUACUCAUCAUUUGAUGAUAACUCAGUAUGAGUUGAAGUGCUCAAGCGCUCAGAUCCUAAAGUCAACUAUCUGAUGCACGACGCAUCUUCACUGAAAGCCUGUGUAAAUAUACCUGAAUUUUGUGUACGUUCUUUCCAGCGUUAUAAUUUACUGCUUUUAUCUGUUGAAUCGAUCCGCUUGUCAAUUAUCAUGUUGGCUCUGUCGUUUCCUCCACUAUCGCUUUGUGCGAUCUACUGGGCCGAGUGCCCAAUUAUCCCGCGCUGUGAUCAGGAUAUCAUACACUUUCCUUUCCGAGGAGACCAACCGUUGGGUAUCGAUCACUUACCCGAAACCGCGCAUUGAUCAAUAUUUAUCACCGCCCUCCGGAUAUUAUUCAAAUGGAUGAUGCUCACCUCCGCCGCAUGUGGAUCAGUGUUUAAACGGCACUGACACCAUCUGUGACUAUUUUGUCAUUUCACCUCCAUUAUGCAG